CUUAUUGCCCUGACUUCUCUCUAGAUACCGCUAGUGGUAUCCCGAUAUAGACUAUCUAUCGGUUAUAUUAAGAUUUGAACUACUCCUUUUACGAGGUUAAUCUUUUAGCAUGAAUCCCAAAUUUUCAUAAACCAAACCAAACAUAACGUACAACUCUUAUGAGGCUGACCUUUUGCAUGCAGAGACUGUACAAUCUUGGAGGUAGGAAAUUUGUACUUGCUGGGGUUGGAGCAUUGGGGUGCAUCCCUACAAUGUUGGCCCGGACUGAAAACGGGAAGUGCUUAGAUGGUGUGAAUGAAGCAAUUUCCCCAUUUAAUGCCAAUAUGAAGCAGAUGAUCAACAACUUCAAGUCCACUCUCCCUGACGCUAAGUUUGUCUUCCUUGACACCCAAAAUAUGUUCCGCAAUAUCACCGCCAACUCCAAAACAUAUGGGUUCAAUGUUACGGAUCGUGGCUGUUGUGGAGUUGGGAAACUAAAUGGGCAAGUAACAUGCCUGCCUUAUGAAGUGCCUUGCACAAACAGAGAAGAGUACAUAUUUUGGGAUGCCUAUCACCCCACAUCUGCCGUGAAUGUAUUGCUUGGGAAGAUGUCUUUCAAUGGAGGUCCUGAUCUGGUUUAUCCCAUCAAUAUCGAGCAACUUGUCAAGAAUGAAGUUUGGCCAUUUUAGAAAAAGAUGUGAAUUUUAAUUCUUUUGAAUUAUUUUCUUGAACCCC